UCACUCGCUCCCAGAAGCAGCCGUCUGGGGAGGGAAGGAAGGAGAUUUCCGAUUCCUAGACCGGAGACCCAAGCUCCGUGCCCGCCUCUUCCUGCACUGUUUCCUCCCUUGCAAAACUGAGUCUCCUGCAUGUACUUUUUCUUCCCCCACCCACCCCAGGAGUAGCCGCGGCUUUGGGGUUUGGGAGGAAGCUGGAAAGGGCCGCCUGGGGAAAUUGGUCACUCCCUUGUCCAUGUGGAGCAUUUGCUGCACCGUGAAUCGGUGAGCUGCUGGAGUGCCGUGGGCAAAUCAAGAAAGGCAAAGAGCAGACAACUGCAGAGCCCCGUCUUGUGUUGGAUGCCUUUGAGAGAUCCUGUCUCUUCAGCCCGGGUUAGGGAUUCCUUCAGCAGAGAGAGGGAGAGAGAGAGAGAGAAAUGGCUGCUGAACAGGCCAUGAAUAUCCUCCCGGAGAAGAAGAGCUUCUGGGAGUCCCUUCAGAGGAAACCCGGAGAGGAGAUUAAACACGAGCCAUGUGACGGGCUCCUUCAGCAGUGGGAAGUCCAGUGGCAGGAAUUCCUGAAGAUGGUGGAGUCCCCACAGUCAGGGUUGGGAGCCCCGUUGGUGCCAGAUGAGCCCCCCCCAUGGGACGAUGCCAAGGGCUUCCUGGCCUCCUUCGAGCAGGUGGCCGAGGCCUGCCGGUGGCCCAAGGAAGAAUGGGCGGCCCGACUCCUGCCGGCCCUCAGCGGCGAGGCCAAACGGGUCUUUAGCAGCCUGGAGGGCCGAGACAGGAAGGACUAUGGGAAAGUGAAGGUGGCCAUCUUGCAGGGAGAUGCCCUCAACAGGGAGAAGCAGCGCCAGCACUUCAGGCACUUCCGCUACCAUGAGGCCGAGGGGCCGAGGGGCGUGUACAACCGGCUGCAAGAACUCUGCCGCCGAUGGCUGAAGGUCGAGCGGCACUCCAAGGAGCAGAUCCUGGAGCUGCUGAUCCUGGAGCAGUUCCUGACCGUCCUGCCACCGGAGAUCCAGGGCUGGGUGAGAGAACGAGGCCCCGGGUCCUGCGCCCAGGCGGUGGCCCUGGCCGAGGAUUUCCUCUGGAUGCAACGGGAGUCUUUGCGAUGGGAGCAGCAGGUGGUAACAACAGCGAUCCCUUCGGCAGCAGAAAUCAGCCCAGUACCUGAAGCAGAACCGGCUCCGUCAGAGGCUGGGAAGCGGGCACUCUGUUUGGUAGUCAAGCUGGAAUCCGACGCCGGACACGUGAGCUCAUCAGGUGACGCUUGGCAGAGCGAGAACAGCAGAGAGAUGCUUGAGGUCCCAGUGGAAAGGGCUGGGCAGCCAAAGCUGGACGAGAAGCUUGAAAAUCAAGCUGCACCGCGGAGGACAAGAAACCUUCAGACAGACAAAUGGAAGAAAAGCCCUGUUGCUUGUCAGGGUGCUGGGUUCCAUAAUGCAUCUACCCCAGAAGAUAAGCCAAAUGAAAAGAGAAAAUAUAAGUGUAAUGUCUGUGGGAAAUUCUUCAGUUAUAAGUCAAGCCUUAAAAUACACCUAAGAAUCCACACAGGAGAGAAACCCUAUAAAUGCCUGGAGUGCGGGAAGAGUUUCAUUCGGAGUGAUCUCCUUGCUUCACACCAAAGAAUCCACACAGGAGAGAAACCAUACAGCUGUUCGUACUGUGGAAAGAGCUUCUGCGAUCUCUCCACUCUUAUUAAACAUCGGCGAAUCCACACUGGAGAAAAGCCAUACGUGUGUAUGGAGUGUGGAAAGAGCUUCAGUCAGAAGGCAAUCUUGAAUUCACACCAACGAAUUCAUACAGGGGAGAAACCACAUAAAUGCAUGGAGUGUGGAAACAGCUUCAGCCGGAGUACUUACCUUAUUUCUCAUCAAAGAAUACACAUGGGAGAGAGAACGUACAAAAAUGUAGAUUGUAGCAGGAGUUUUUCUGAGCAGUCUGGCCUUAUUCACCAUCAGAGAAUUCAAGUUGAGGAGAAACCAUGUAAAUGCCCCGAAUAUGGUCAAAACGUAAAUCAGCAUGCAUCACGUUUGGCACAUCAGAAAGGGUAUACAUUGAGUGACACUAUCAGUGUUUUUGAACGUGGGGAAAAACUUCAACUGGAGGCAACAUCUUAUGAGACUUCUGAGCGUUCAAGCAAUUAGUCUUUUGACUGGUCACCCACAGCAAGUUGAAUUUGCCUCCUGGCGACCAGAUGAGCUUCCGCUCCAGGGAUCAGAGACACAGGGGUAGCUGUCAUCACAGCAGAAAGGGCAGCAGUAUAAAUGCUUGAAAGUUUUUUUUGUUCUUCAGUGGUGAUGCAAACUACAGCAAACAUACAUGGGCUUGCUAUUUGCUAACCGGCUUUAGGCUUCUCAGGUUUCAGGGAAGGAUGGAGUUCUGGUCUAUUCUCAGUCACCACCUCCGCCUUCCCAUUUGCCACACUGCUUAUGCAAGCAGAUCUCUACACACUCGUUUAGGCUCAGACUUUUAUCAGAAUAGAUUUGGUCUACUAGCCCAUCAAAUAUCAUCAUGUUAAAUCAAAUCAAAUCAGAUUCUUUAUUGUGGUCGUGGACCAGCAUGAAACAGAACUACUGAAGUUGCUUCACCAUUACCAUAAACAAAGAUUUAAGUAUAUUAAAUACUACAAUUAUUGACCCAACAUUAAAAUAAUGGUAAAGUUUGGGAUUAAAAAAACAUAAAAUGCCAAUAAAGUAAAGCUUCCCAGCAGCCUAGCCUUAUUGUGUUGCUGUAUAAUCCCUCUAAUUUAGAACUCUGGUGUAAAUUCAUCAUAUCAGGGCAUGGAGUAUAACAUCUCUCAUGUUCCAAAUUAGAAUUGCCGUAGUCCAUCUUUUUCCGGGUGUUAAUCAUGGCUGCAAAAAACUUAGCAACCAUAUAUGUAAUAGUGGGAUUACAGUCUUAAUGCAACAAAUAGCCGUAAUAUUGACUUGAACACCCUGGGAACAUAUUCAACAAUGGGGAAAUAAAAUCAGCAUGAAUUUUUCUCUAGAACAUAAAAUUAAACAGAACAUGGUUUGAGUUUGUCCUGCGGUGCAAGUCGUAACCACUGAACAAGAAGUGUCUUUUUAUAAUAGCCCUCUUGAACUGCCGGAGGAAGUCCACCGCACUGGGCCAGUGUGAAUGCCCUUCUGUGUUUGGGAACCUCCAGCUGAGUGAGACAGGAUGUGGAGCAGCAUUGCAUCUGCAAUCCUCACGAAUAUAAAAUCCAUUUACUCUGCCAA